UGAAGAGAACUGAAACCAUUCUCUGGUUUUCACAUGGUAUCAGAGCUUCAAGAUCUCUGUGAAUUUUUUUUUCUUUCUCUAAACUGCUGACAGUUUCAGCAGCUCUACCCUUCAAAUCGAUAUUUGUUCCCCAGAACUCUCAGACUCAUCGCCACCUCACUAUCUUGACGAAGUCUGAAAAAUAGAAAAAAGAAGCCCAUGGGUGAUUCUGAAAAAAAGGCCAGCUCUGGAUCGACUUCCAGUUCUGUCACCCAAAAUGACAUGACAUUGCAGAUCACGCCGGAUAAAUUGGAUGGUUCCAAUUACUCUUCUUGGUCCCGUAGUGUCAAACUUUAUAUUCUUGGAAGAGGAAAAUGGGGAUAUAUCACUGGCACAAAGGCGACACCAACAGAAGCAGAUGUUUUGUAUUCCACCUGGGAAGAAGAAAAUGCCAUGGUUCAGUGCUGGCUUCUCAAUUCCAUGACCAGAAAUUUAAGGGCUAUUUUUCUUAGCCUUUCUACUGCGAAAGAAGUGUGGGAUGCUGUUACUCAGACCUAUUCUAUUGGUAAAGACGCAUCAAAAUUAUAUGAGCUUCGGUGUAAGGCACUCGCAACUCGUCAGAAUGGUACGUCUUUAUCUGAUUAUUAUGGUACAUUACAGUUAAUUUGGCAAGAAAUCGAUGUCUUGCGACCAAGCAAAAUGAAGUGUUCAGAUGAUGUUGCUGCCCGCACAACGGAAAUUUCGAACGAACGAUUAUAUGACUUCUUGGCUGGACUUGACCAUCAUUUGGAUAGAAUUCGAGGUCAAGUUCUAGCCGAAGAUCCUCUCCCGAGUGUGCAAGCCGCAUAUGCACAGGUGUGCUCUGAAGCUAAUAGGCAAGCAACCAUGUUAGCUGGCUCACAUGUUGACGGGUCAGCUAUGACAACCACUUUACAUCGCCCUGUACCUAGAAGUGGUCAUCCAAAGCCGGGACAAAAGGAGCUUGACACACGCCAAUGUACCCACUGUGGGAAGAAAAAACACACUCGGGAAACUUGUUUCGAAUUGGUUGGAUAUCCAGAUUGGUGGGUGGACAAACAAGAAAAGGGAAAAGAGAAGAAAAAAAGUGUUGCAAAUUUGGCUUCACAACCUUUACCUCAUGGUUCUUCACCACAUAUGGAUCAGUCUGCUCUCAGAGUUUUCCCCAACACUACUUCCACUUCCUCACCAUAUCCAGGAUCUUCAGACAAAGGAGCAGAUUGGUCAUGGUAAGGAAAGCGGAGGAUUGUACUACUUGGACUCAAAACUGCCU